UAUCUCAGAGGUCGUAAGCAAGAUCUCUCAAGUCGUCAGGCCUCUAUACCAGCCCGACGGAACUUGCCCGGCUCAGUUGGUCCUCCGCAAUCGCGCAGCCGAGAAGCCGAUUUUUUUGUUCUUGUUGUCGUUCGUCGUUCCUCCUAUCCCAACUUACCGCAGUAUAAUAGUACACACACAUCGCUUGAGAUUCUUACACAUCGUCAUGGACGUGUACAGUGAGAUGGACUCGAGGCUGGAGCAGCAGAAGAGCCGCCUGAUGUUGACUGGCGAGCAGACGACGUCGUCGAGUUUGAAAUCGAUCGGUUUGAAGGAGCUGAUCGAGAAGCUACACGAAGCCUUCGCGACGAACAACGUCGACAUCGACUACGUGCAGGACCUCAUGGCUGCCUACAGAAGCAACCCACAGGACUGGAAGAAGUUCGCCAAGUUCGACCGAUACAGGUACACGCGGAACCUGGUGGACGAGGGCAACGGCAAGUUCAACCUCAUGGUGCUCUGCUGGGGCGAGGGUCACGGCUCGGCCAUACACGACCACGCCGACGCUCACUGCGUCAUGAAGAUACUCCAGGGCGAGCUUUGCGAGACGAAAUACAAGUGGCCGAGGAAGUACACCGACGAACAAGGCAAUCAAUGCCAGGAGGAAUUGGAGGAAAUCGAGAGGUGCAUUUACGCGACCAAUGACGUCACCUACAUAAAUGAUUCGAUAGGGCUGCAUCGAGUGGAAAAUUUAAGCACUGUUAAUCCGGCAGUUUCGUUGCAUCUGUAUUCGCCCCCCUUUGACGCCUGCUCCGUGUUCAACAAGCAGACGGGUCAGAAGUCUCUGUGCAAAGUCACCUUCUGGUCGAAAUACGGAGAGCGCCGUAACAGGGAAAUCCAAGAUGCCAGGACUCCGGAGGACAAUUAGAAAGGUGUCGAUGUCUAUUUGCUGCAUUUCACGAUGGCCACGAAUAAACGCGAUACGAUCUAUGAUAGAAAAAAGCUGCGAGUAAAAAAAGCUCGCAUUGACAUGAUAACGACGCACAGAAACUGUGAAUAUACAUAUACUUGAAAAUUUUAAUAUGUACAUAUAAGAUCUUUCAAUUUUACUUAUAUUACAAUUUAUUAUAAAACGCAAUUAACGAAAAGGUCCUACUGCGACGGAUUGACUUUUGUAUAACUUUUUUAAUGAGCAGACUCGAAGAGUGAAAUUCUUUCGUUAUAUUUUAACUCGACAUGAUUCAAAUGGUUAUAACAUGUUAUAUUUAAUGUAUUAUAGUUGGAAAAUACUGAUAUUAUAGAUAAGCAAUAACUCAAAUAAAAGUUUAUUUUUUAAUCUUAUAAUAUAAUAAUUCCUCGUCGAUGCGUGUACAUCCCAAAAAUUCAUCGGCUAAAAAGAAGGUGUGUACCGCACACGUAAGCCCGAUAAAGGUACAUUCGCAUUUCGCGCUCGCACGUGUUUUCGUAUACGUGUAUACGAGUUCGCUGCGUCACCGAUGCAAACAAGAAAAGAAGAAUGUAAGUCGCUUGUUAUUUCGAGGAGUCGAUUGUUAUAUACUCAUAACGAGUGUCUUAUCGAAUCUUCCCAGAGAAAACAUUGGAACGUCAAGUGUGUUGAGAGACGAUCGGUAUACGAGGCAAACAAAAUUAAUUCGCCCUUAUCAUCGACUGAUGUGUGUGUGUGUGUGUGUGUGUGUGUGUGUGUGUGUAAUUAUCGCAUUUCACAUUCGAGCCUGAUGCGCGGAUCAACAGCCUUUUUAGUGUUUACCUAUGGAUUUCUUUUACUGUCUUAUUUGUUACUUACACGUGCGAUGCAGAUUUUGGUACUUCAAUAGUUGAGAAAUCAAUGAGCGGAAUCGUUGGAUUCGUCUGUCUAUAUACAUCAUUAUUAUUAUUAUAUCACCGCAUAAAUAUACAUAAUAUACGCACUUUUUCCUUCGAUAUACAUCAUAUAAUUUCAUACGUAUGAUUGAUGUCGUACGCGGGGUCUAAAAUACUUUGACUCGAAUCGCAUCAGGGUAGUUAACAUCUCUGUAAAUUACCAAGAAAAUACUAUUAUCUAAAUAUAUCGCGUAUAACAAGUGGAAAACAUUGUCAAGAGGAAAACAGUGUUUCAAAUGACGUGUAUCAUAUAGGUAUGCAAUAAUCGAUUAACUUUCAAUUAAGUUACCAAAUCAAGAUUAUCAAAAUUUUACAAAAUUAUUUUUAGAUUUCUUUACUUUAUCACCUAUACGUACGAUCGUUUGAAAUACUUUACAAUAACAACUAAAAUACUUAAUUACUUUCUAGCUACUCUUAAGUGUAGAUAUCUCGUCAGCGUCAGUCUUGCAUUAUUUUACUCUAUUUU